AUGGAAGAUCUCUUCAGAUCGGAGUUGAGGCACGACGACUGGGGUGAUGUUCAUGACGUUUGGUCUUGCACGAUCACAAACCCGGAAGACUACAGCUUCGGGGUAGAAAUUGAGCUAGUUGCAAUCCCGAAAACUGUUUACGAUUCAAAUAGCAACGACUUUUUGAACGCGGAUGUCGUAUACUGGCGACGUCGGCUCGCUGAUCGGAUGAACAGCAAGAAAUACUUACACGCGGUUACAAGCCGGCGCCCUAGAGAUUAUGAUCGAUGGUACAUCAUGAACGAUGCCUCACUUCGAUUUCAGCCGCGCAACUACCAGGUCGCGCUUGAAGCUGUAUCUCCAGUAAUGAUGCAAUUUCAGGAGCUCAAAAAACAGAUAGACCUCUUCUGGGAAGCAACGACGGAACUCUUUGACAUCGAAACGAAUACUAGUUGCGGGACGCAUGUCCAUGUUGCUCCGCGCGACCAUGGCUAUACACUAGAAGAGUUGAGAAGGCUCGCAUAUGCCGUGGCUACGGAGGAGAAGUUCGUUCUGCAGAUACUUCCACAAGAACGAAUCGACAACCACUACUGUCGCCCGUGUUCCUUUCGCUCGGAAGAGCUGAGACUGGAUUUGCAAGAAGGCGAGGAGGACGACAUUGAGCAUCCGUCGUGUUACGUCGCAGAACGUCUUCGAGGAAUACGAAAUGAAAGUGAAUUGAUUGACUACAUGCAGUCGAACAACCGAUACGUACUGUGGAACCUCAAAAACACGCAGUCUCAGUCCGGUACAGUCGAAUUUCGAGGUGGUAGACACAUGCGAGGCCCUGUGCGGACCAAGAGAUGGAUUGCAUUCACUGUAGCAUUCGUCAACAAGGCGAUCGAAUGUAGUGGCAUGUAUGACAGGACCGUCGAGUCAGAUAUGGAUGAAUGGUGGCAAAACAUCCGGUCUCGUGCUGAGGAGAUGAGGAUGCAUGAGUUCCUGCCGGGGAGUUGGCAGAGGAUGCGGGAUAUAGUUAGAUGA